AUGCCUGGUGGACCGGGUGCACCCCGAGUCGUAAUGGGCGCUCGGCAGCAUAUCGAAUUGGCCCAAAGACGUGCAACGGCCGCUGCCACUGCAUUGUCGGCUGGAUCACUAGAGUCUGGUACUUCGCAGGGAGCUGCGCUCAGAUUUCGCAGCUUUACGCAAUCUGUCUUAUCAGGUUCAGGCCGGCUUGAUUCGGUAAAUCAAAUUUGGCUCUACGUCCUUACUUUCCACCAUUGUUAUCAUCUUAAAUUCAUCAUUCAUUAG